ACGGAAAACAUCAGAAAGAGCACAUCGAAGGAGAAAGACGCUAAUAAGUCAGUCAUAUUAUUUGUUCUCCAGUUUGAAAUACUUACGUCGUAUAAAAUACAUCUUUGAUUCUUUAUUUAAGGAUAGAGUCGUCUCGAUGCGCUAGAAUAACUGUGCCGCUUCUCGUGCUAUCUUUGCUUGUUAGUUAGCUUAGCUCGCUAGUUAGCUUAGCUUGUUAGCUGCUAACAAAGAGACGCGGACGUUAUCAACACAUCGCUAAGUAGAGAUCAAGUGAUUGAUUGAUUUAUUGAUUCUUUUAUUAGUAGAUUGCACAGUACAGUACAUAUUCCGUACAAUUGACCACUAAAAGGUAACACCCGAAUACGUUUUUCAACUUGUUUAAGUCGGGGUCCACAUUAAGUGUGAGUGUAAAGUGUUGUGAUUGUGUGAAAAUGUGCCAAAGAACCAUAGCAAAGUAUGAGGACGAAUUCACACAGUACUUUGUAGAAAGUAGCAUUUAAAAUACAAAUAAAUGAAAUUACAAUUUCAAAUAGAUAAAAGGCUAUGUAUAUUCCGAGUUAUAAGUAGCCGCAACCUGUAAUGUAUUUUCUUUUUGAUAGGGACUUCUACAUAUUGGUGGUAUAGCAGGCAAACAAAUCAGAAUUUUUUUUCUGAGUGAAAUCUGUGUUGAAUGUGAUUUGUACAACUACCUCUGGUGUUAUAAUGGUCAAUAUAUUUUGAAGUAUCUAGACAGGUACAUGGGUAUUUUAGUGGUAUGGUGUAUCUUGUACACCAGACCAACUGCAAGAAGAUGUACUCUGUCGGCCACCAAGAGCCUCCCCAUGUUAAGGAAAUGGUUGGCGGAAAGGUGAGCCCGAGAUGGACAGUUGAGUAGAAGCCUAAUCAUUUGGUUUUGGGCUGUCUGGAGUUACUUUUUCAGGGCUUUUAAGGCGUCACGGUACCAAACAUGAACUCCGUAGUCAAAGUGAAGUUAAAUGAGUGCUUGUGUUAGUCUUAAAGGGGAACAUUAUCACCAGACCUAUGUAAGCGUCAAUAUAUACCUUGAUGUUGCAGGAAAAAGACCAUAUAUAUUUUUCAACCAAUUUCCAAACUCUAGAUGGGUAAAUUUUGGCGAAUUAAACGCCUUUCUAUGUGACGUGUUAACGUGACGUCACAAAGGGAGUCAAUCCGCCAUUUUCUCAAACACAUUACAAACACCAAGUCAAAUCAGCUGUUAUUUUUCGUUUUUUCGACAGUUUUCCGUACCUUGGAGACAUAAUGCCUCGUCGGUGUGUUGUCGGAGGGUGUAACAACACUAACAGGGAGGGAUUCAAGUUGCACCACUGGCCCAAAGAUGCAAAAGUGGCAAGAAAUUGGACGAAAUUUGUUCAAAAUACGAGGGUGUGGGGAAAGCCGACAAAAUGGUCAGUGGUUUGUUCCGCACACUUUACCGACGAAAGCUAUGCUACGACAGAGAUGGCAAGAAUGUUUGGAUAUCCUCCGACACUCAAAGCAGAUGCAUUUCCAACGAUAAAGUCAAAGAAAUCUGCCGCCAGACCCCCAUUGAACGUGCCGAAGUGUGUGAGCUAUUCAGGGACAAAGGACCUCGAUAGCACGGCAAGCAAUGGCGGCAGUUUGUUCCCGCAGAUGAGCGAGCUAAACCCCCUGGAUGUCUUGGCUCACACCGCUUCUACCGAAGAUGAUCACGUGAAGAAUAUGGGCCCUAGCUUCCCUGGCCUGCUGACAUCAACUCCAAAACUGGACAGAUCAGCUUUCAGGAAAAGAGAACGGAUGAGGGUGUUACAGGACAUGUUUUCAAACUCUUAUCGACAUUCCACUGAAGAGGAUGAUUAUCAAACUUUUUCAAGAGCGGAUAUUGGAGUUCAGAUAUACCCUGAUGUGAAGUCUAAAGACGUCCAGCAGCCCCCUCACAUCAUAGAGGUAGAGGAGGAAGUGUGGAUGAGUCAGGAGGGAGAGUGUCCUGUAGGGCAGGAGGAGGCUGAUGUCAGCAAGUUUCCACUGACUGUUGUCUCUGUGAAGACUGAAGAGCAUGAAGACAAACCACCUGAGUCCUCACAGCUUCAUCACAGUCCAAACGUCCAGCAGGUGUCAGCAGAGAGUCAUGAAGAGAUUCCCUCCAAACAGCAGGAGUGGAGCUCCAGUGUGGGACAGAAGGAGCUACAGGCCCCCUCCCACAUUAAAGAAGAAGAGGAGGAACUGUGGAAGCAGCUUCAAAUGUUGGUGGAGGAUAAUGAUGAAGAUGAAGCUCAGUCCUUACAGCUUCAUCACAGUCAAAGUGAGGAGAACAGAGGGGUGGCGCUUGUAAGUCAACACAUCACAGAAGCUGAUGGAGAGCAUUGUGAAGAUAUAAAGUCAGAACCAGACAGCAUCUUUGCUCCUCUGUCAGACAUGUACCACAUGAUGUCACACUCUUCUGAUCACAGUGACCACAUCCAACAACCUUUGGAGAGUAAAAAUGACUCCAAAGGUGAUACGAGACAUCACACUAACAACAAACACUUUGACUGCUCUGAAUGUGGGAAAUCAUUUAGACACAAGAGUUAUAUUACAAUACACAUGAGGAUACAUACUGGAGAGAAACCUUUUACUUGCUCUGUUUGUAAGAAGAGUUUCUCCAGAAAGCUUGACAUGACCACACACAUGAGAACACACACUGGAGAGAAACCUUUUACUUGCUCUGUUUGUAAGAAGAGUUUCUCCACAAAGCUUGUCAUGUCCACACACAUGAGAACACAUACUGGAGAGAAACCUGUUACUUGCUCUAUUUGUAAGAAGAGUUUCUCCAGAAAGCAAUACAUGACCAAACACAUGAGAACACACACUGGAGAGAACCCGUUGAGUUGCACUGUGUGUGAUAAAAGGUUCAGGUAUAAGUAUCAGGUCAGUAAACACAAGUGUGUAACAGUCAUGGAAGCUGCAGGGAUUUAAAAACACUUAUAAACAGUGAUUGUGCUAAAUGUACUCUAAUACCACAGCAUGUUUAAAGGGGAACAUUAUUACCAGACCUAUGUAAGCGUCAAUAUAUACCUUGAUGUUGCAGAAGAAAGACCACAUGUUUUUUAACCGAUUUCCGAACUCUAAAAGGGCGAAUUUGGCGAUUUAAACACCUCUCAAUUGUUCGCUGUCGGAGCGAUGACCUUUCACCCGUGACAUCACAAUGGGAAGCAAUCCGCCAUUUCCUCAAACACAUUACACACACAAGUCAAAUCAGCUCUGUUAUUUUCCGUUUUUUCGACUGUUUUCCGUACCUUGGAGACAUCAUGAAUCGUCGGUGGGUUGUCUGAGGGUGUAACAACACGAUCAGGAACGGAUUCAAGUUGGAAUGUGCAUUGAUUAGAACGUCAUGCUAACAUGCUAUUUAGGCUAGCUGUAGGUACAUAUCGCAUCGCUAUGCCUCAUUUACACCUACAUUUGCAUCCAGCCUUUCCCUCCACCCACAUUUAAGGCCAAACAAACACAUACCAAUCGACAGAUUCAAGUUGCACCAUUGUCAAAAGAUGCGAAAGUCCCUUGUUUGUUCUGCACAUUUUACCGCCGAUGCUACGACAGACAUGGCACAGAGAUGUGUGGAUAUCCUGCAACACUCAAAGCAGAUGCAUUUCCAACGAUAAAGUCAACGAAAUCACAAUGGUGAGUUUUGUUGAUGUUAUUGACUUAUGUGCUAAUCAGACAUAUUUGUACACGGCAUGACUACCAGCUAAUCGAUGCUAACAUGCUAUUUAGGCUAGUUGUAUGUACAUUUGUAGCUAUAUUUGCAUCCAGCCUUUCCCUCCACCCACAUUUAAUGCAAAACAAACACUUACCAAUAGACAGAUUUAAGUUGCUCCAGUGGUCAAAAGAUGCAAUCUUUGGUUAGAAGGCGAUCGCCGAAUAGCUUCAAUAGCUAUUUGCUCAAUAGCUUCAGUUUCUUCUUGAAUUUCAUUUUUGCUAUCUGCUUCCACACUCCAACCAUCCGUUUCAAUACAUGUGAUAUCUGUUGAAUCGCUUAAAGGGGAACAUUAUCAUCAAACCUAUGUAAGCGUCAAUAUAUACCUUGAAAAAAAGACCAUAUAUUUUCUUAACCGAUUUUCGAACUCUAAAUGGGUGAACUUUGGCGAAUUAAACGCCUUUCUAUUAUUCUUUGUGAUGUCACAUAGGGAGUCAAGCCGCAAUUUUUUCAAACACAUUGCAAACACUGAGUCAUAUCAGCUCAGUUAUUUUCCGUUUUUUCGACUGUUUUCCGUACCUUGGAGACAUUCUGCCUUGUCGGUGUGUUGUCAGAGGGUGUAACAACAUGAUCAGGGACGGAUUCAAGUUGAUUUGCGUGGAGUCUGCAUCGAUUAGCACGGCAUGCUAACCGAUGCUAAAAUGCUAUGUAGGCUAGCUGUAUGUACAUUUGUAGCUAUAUUUGCAUCCAGCCUUUCCCUCCACCCACAUUUAAUGCCAAACAAACACAUACCAAUCGACGGAUUUAAGUUGCUCCAG